AUGGGCUGAGGUUCACUCCCUCCCUCUGCUGUUCCCGGUCACUCCCACGGGCUGAGGUUCACUCCCUCCCUCUGCUGCUCCCUGCUGUCACUCCCACGGGCUGAGGUUCACUCCCUCCCUCUGCUGCUCCCUGCUGUCACUCCCACGGGCUGAGGUUCACUCCCUCCCUCUGCUGUUCCCGGCUGUCACUCCCACGGGCUGAGGUUCACUCCCUCCAUCUGCUGCUCCCUGCUGUCACUCCCACAGUCUGAGGUUCACUCCCUCCCUCUGCUGCUCCCUGCUGUCACUCCCACGGGCUGAGGUUCACUCCCUCCCUCUGCUGUUCCCUGCUGUCACUCCCAUGGGCUGAGGUUCAAUCCCUCCCUCUGCUGCUCCCUGCUGUCACUCCCACGGGCUGAGGUUCACUCCCUCCCUCUGCUGUUCCCGGUCACUCCCACGGGCUGAGGUUCACUCCCUCCCUCUGCUGCUCCCUGCUGUCACUCCCACGGGCUGAGGUUCACUCCCUCCCUCUGCUGCUCCCUACUGUCACUCCCACGGGCUGAGGUUCACUCCCUCCCUCUGCUGCUCCCUGCUGUCACUCCCUCCCUCUGCUGUUCCCUGCUGUCACUCCCACGGGCUGAGGUUCACUCCCUCCCUCUGCUGUUCCCUGCUGUCACUCCCACGGGCUGAGGUUCACUCCCCCCCUCUGCUGCUCCCUGCUGUCACUCCCACGGGCUGAGGUUCACUCCCUCCCUCUGCUGCUCCCUGCUGUCACUCCCUCCCUCUGCUGUUCCCGGCUGUCACUCCCACGGGCUGAGGUUCACUCCCUCCCUCUGCUGCUCCCUGCUGUCACUCCCACGGGCUGAGGUUCACUCCCCCCCUCUGCUGCUCCCUGCUGUCACUCCCACGGGCUGAGGUUCACUCCCUCCCUCUGCUGCUCCCUGCUGUCACUCCCUCCCUCUGCUGUUCCCGGCUGUCACUCCCACGGGCUGAGGUUCACUCCCUCCCUCUGCUGCUCCCUGCUGUCACUCCCUCCCUCCGCUGUUCCCAGCUGUCACUCCCACGGGCUGAGGUUCACUCCCUCCCUCUGCUGCUCCCUGCUGUCACUCCCACGGGCUGAGGUUCACUCCCUCCCUCUGCUGCUCCCUGCUGUCUCUCCCACGGGCUGAGGUUCACUCCCUCCCUCUGCUGUUCCCGGCUGUCACUCCCUCCCUCUGCUGCUCCCUGCUGUCACUCCCACGGGCUGAGGUUCACUCCCUCCCUCUGCUGCUCCCUGCUGUCACUCCCACGGGCUGAGGUUCACUCCCUCCCUCUGCUGUUCCUGGCUGUCACUCCCUCCCUCUGCUGCUCCCUGCAUUCACUCCCACGGGCUGAGGUUCACUCCCUCCCUCUGCUGCUCCCUGCUGUCACUCCCACGGGCUGAGGUUCACUCCCUCCCUCUGCUGUUCCCGGCUGUCACUCCCUCCCUCUGCUGCUCCCUGCUGUCACUCCCACGGGCUGAGGUUCACUCCCUCCCUCUGCUGUUCCCGGCUGUCACUCCCACGGGCUGAGGUUCACUCCCUCCCUCUGCAGUUCUCGGCUGUCACUCCCUUCCUCUGCUGCUCCCUGCUGUCACUCCCAAGGGCUGAGGUUCACUCCCUCCCUCUGCUGUUCCCGGCUGUCACUCCCACGGGCUGAGGUUCACUCCCUCCCUCUGCUGUUCCCGGCUGUCACUCCCACGGGCUGAGGUUCACUCCCUCCCUCUGCUGCUCCCUGCUGUCACUCCCAUGGGCUGAGGUUCACUCCCUCCCUCUGCUGCUCCCUGCUGUCACUCCCACAGGCUGAGGUUCACUCCCUCCCUCUGCUGCUCCCUGCUGUCACUCCCACGGGCUGAGGUUCACUCCCUCCCUCUGCUGCUCCCUGCUGUCACUCCCACGGGCUGAGGUUCACUCCCUCCCUCUGCUGUUCCCGGCUGUCACUCCCUCCCUCUGCUGCUCCCUGCUGUCACUCCCACGGGCUGAGGUUCACUCCCUCCCUCUGCUGUUCCCGGCUGUCACUCCCACGGGCUGAGGUUCACUCCCUCCCUCUGCUGCUCCCUGCUGUCACUCCCACAGGCUGAGGUUCACUCCCUCCCUCUGCUGCUCCCUGCUGUCACUCCCACGGGCUGAGGUUCACUCCCUCCCUCUGCUGCUCCCUGCUGUCACUCCCACGGGCUGAGGUUCACUCCCUCCCUCUGCUGUUCCAUGCUGUCACUCCCACGGGCUGAGGUUCACUCCCACCCUCUGCUGCUCCCGGCUGUCACUCCCACGGGCUGAGGUUCACUCCCUCCCUCUGCUGUUCCCGGCUGUCACUCCCACGGGCUGAGGUUCACUCCCUCCCUCUGCUGCUCCCUGCUGUCACUCCCACGGGCUGAGGUUCACUCCCUCCCUCUGCUGCUCCCUGCUGUCACUCCCACGGGCUGAGGUUCACUCCCUCCCUCUGCUGCUCCAUGCUGUCACUCCCACGGGCUGAGGUUCACUCCCUCCCUCUGCUGCUCCCUGCUGUCACUCCCACGGGCUGAGGUUCACUCCCUCCCUCUGCUGCUCCCGGCUGUCACUCCCACGGGCUGAGGUUCACUCCCUCCCUCUGCUGUUCCCGGCUGUCACUCCCACGGGCUGAGGUUCACUCCCUCCCUCUGCUGCUCCCUGCUCUCACUCCCACGGGCUGAGGUUCACUCCCUCCCUCUGCUGCUCCCUGCUGUCACUCCCACGGGCUGAGGUUCACUCCCUCCCUCUGCUGCUCCCUGCUCUCACUCCCACGGGCUGAGGUUCACUCCCUCCCUCUGCUGCUCCCUGCUGUCACUCCCACGGGCUGAGGUUCACUCCCUCCCUCUGCUGCUCCCUGCUGUCACUCCCACGGGCUGAGGUUCACUCCCUCCCUCUGCUGCUCCCUGCUCUCACUCCCACGGGCUGAGGUUCACUCCCUCCCUCUGCUGCUCCCUGCUGUCACUCCCACGGGCUGAGGUUCACUCCCUCCCUCUGCUGCUCCCUGCUGUCACUCCCACAGUCUGAGGUUCACUCCCUCCCUCUGCUGCUCCCUGCUCUCACUCCCACGGGCUGAGGUUCACUCCCUCCCUCUGCUGCUCCCGGCUGUCACUCCCACGGGCUGAGGUUCACUCCCUCCCUCUGCUGUUCCAGGCUGUCACUCCCACGGGCUGAGGUUCACUCCCUCCCUCUGCUGCUCCCGGCUGUCACUCCCACGGGCUGAGGUUCACUCCCUCCCUCUGCUGCUCCCUGCUGUCACUCCCACGGGCUGAGGUUCACCCCCUCCCUCUGCUGCUCCCUGCUCUCACUCCCACGGGCUGAGGUUCACUCCCUCCCUCUGCUGCUCCCUGCUGUCACUCCCACGGGCUGAGGUUCACUCCCUCCCUCUGCUGCUCCCUGCUCUCACUCCCACGGGCUGAGGUUCACUCCCUCCCUCUGCUGCUCCCUGCUGUCACUCCCACGGGCUGAGGUUCACUCCCUCCCUCUGCUGCUCCCUGCUCUCACUCCCACGGGCUGAGGUUCACUCCCUCCCUCUGCUGCUCCCGGCUGUCACUCCCACGGGCUGAGGUUCACUCCCUCCCUCUGCUGCUCCCUGCUGUCACUCCCACGGGCUGAGGUUCACUCCCUCCCUCUGCUGCUCCCUGCUCUCACUCCCACGGGCUGAGGUUCACUCCCUCCCUCUGCUGCUCCCUGCUGUCACUCCCACGGGCUGAGGUUCACUCCCUCCCUCUGCUGCUCCCUGCUGUCACUCCCACAGUCUGAGGUUCACUCCCUCCCUCUGCUGCUCCCUGCUGUCACUCCCACGGGCUGAGGUUCACUCCCUCCCUCUGCUGCUCCCUGCUGUCACUCCCACGGGCUGAGGUUCACUCCCUCCCUCUGCUGCUCCCGGCUUUCACUCCCACGGGCUGAGGUACACUCCCUCCCUCUGCUGUUCCCGGCUGUCACUCCCACGGGCUGAGGUUCACUCCCUCCCUCUGCUGCUCCCUGCUGUCACUCCCACGGGCUGAGGUUCACUCCCUCCCUCUGCUGCUCCCUGCUGUCACUCCCUCUGCUGCUCCCUGCUGUCACUCCCACGGGCUGAGGUUCACUCCCUCCCUCUGCUGCUCCCUGCUCUCACUCCCACGGGCUGAGGUUCACUCCCUCCCUCUGCUGCUCCCUGCUGUCACUCCCACGGGCUGAGGUUCACUCCCUCCCUCUGCUGCUCCCUGCUGUCACUCCCACGGGCUGAGGUUCACUCCCCCCCUCUGCUGCUCCCUGCUGUCACUCCCACGGGCUGAGGUUCCCUCCCUCCCUCUGCUGCUCCCUGCUGUCACUCCCUCCCUCUGCUGCUCCCUGCUCUCACUCCCACGGGCUGAGGUUCACUCCCUCCCUCUGCUGUUCCCGGCUGUCACUCCCACGGGCUGAGGUUCACUCCCUCCCUCUGCUUCUCCCUGCUGUCACUCCCAUGGGCUGAGGUUCACUCCCUCCCUCUGCUGCUCCCUGCUGUCACUCCCACAGGCUGAGGUUCACUCCCUCCCUCUGCUGCUCCCUGCUGUCACUCCCACGGGUUGAGGUUCACUCCCUCCCUCUGCUGCUCCCUGCUGUCACUCCCACGGGCUGAGGUUCACUCCCUCCCUCUGCUGUUCCCGGUCACUCCCACGGGCUGAGGUUAACUCCCUCCCUCUGCUGCUCCCUGCUGUCACUCCCACGGGCUGAGGUUCACUCCCUCCCUCUGCUGCUCCCUGCUGUCACUCCCACGGGCUGAGGUUCACUCCCUCCCUCUGCUGUUCCCUGCUGUCCCUCCCACGGGCUGAGGUUCACUCCCUCCCUCUGCUGCUCCCUGUUGUCACUCCCACGGGCUGAGGUUCACUCCCUCCCUCUGCUGUUCCCGGUCACUCCCACGGGCUGAGGUUCACUCCCUCCCUCUGCUGCUCCCUGCUGUCACUCCCACGGGCUGAGGUUCACUCCCUCCCUCUGCUGCUCCCUGCUGUCACUCCCACGGGCUGAGGUUCACUCCCUCCCUCUGCUGCUCCCUGCUGUCACUCCCUCCCUCUGCUGUUCCCUGCUGUCACUCCCACGGGCUGAGGUUCACUCCCUCCCUCUGCUGUUCCCUGCUGUCACUCCCAUGGGCUGAGGUUCACUCCCUCCCUCUGCUGCUCCCUGCUGUCACUCCCACGGGCUGAGGUUCACUCCCUCCCUCUGCUGCUCCCUGCUGUCACUCCCUCCCUCUGCUGUUCCCGGCUGUCACUCCGACGGGCUGAGGUUCACUCCCUCCCUCUGCUGCUCCCUGCUGUCACUCCCUCCCUCCGCUCUUCCCAGCUGUCACUCCCACGGGCUGAGGUUCACUCCCUCCCUCUGCUGCUCCCUGCUGUCACUCCCACGGGCUGAGGUUCACUCCCUCCCUCUGCUGCUCCCUGCUGUCACUCCCACGGGCUGAGGUUCACUCCCUCCCUCUGCUGUUCCCGGCUGUCACUCCCUCCCUCUGCUGCUCCCUGCUGUCACUCCCAGGGGCUGAGGUUCACUCCCUCCCUCUGCUGCUCCCUGCUGUCACUUCCACGGGCUGAGGUUCACUCCCUCCCUCUGCUGUUCCCGGCUGUCACUCCCUCCCUCUGCUGCUCCCUGCUGUCACUCCCACGGGCUGAGGUUCACUCCCUCCCUCUGCUGUUCCCGGCUGUCACACCCACGGGCUGAGGUUCACUCCCUCCCUCUGCUGCUCCCGGCUGUCACUCCCACGGACUGAGGUUCACUCCCUCCCUCUGCUGCUCCCUGCUCUCACUCCCACGGGCUGAGGUUCACUCCCUCCCUCUGCUGUUCCCGGCUGUCACUCCCACGGGCUGAGGUUCACUCCCUCCCUCUGCUGCUCCCUGCUGUCACUCCCACGGGCUGAGGUUCACUCCCUCCCUCUGCUGCUCCCUGCUGUCACUCCCACGGGCUGAGGUUCACUCCCUCCCUCUGCUGCUCCCUGCUGUCACUCCCACGGGCUGAGGUUCACUCCCUCCCUCUGCUGCUCCCUGCUGUCACUCCCACGGGCUGAGGUUCCCUCCCUCCCUCUGCUGCUCCCUGCUGUCACUCCCUCCCUCUGCUGCUCCCUGCUCUCACUCCCACGGGCUGAGGUUCACUCCCUCCCUCUGCUGUUCCCUGCUGUCACUCCCACGGGCUGAGGUUCACUCCCUCCCUCUGCUGCUCCCGGCUUUCACUCCCACGGGCUGAGGUUCACUCCCUCCCUCUGCUGUUCCCGGCUGUCACUCCCACGGGCUGAGGUUCACUCCCUCCCUCUGCUGCUCCCUGCUGUUACUCCCACGGGCUGAGGUUCACUCCCUCCCUCUGCUGCUCCCUGCUGUCACUCCCACGGGCUGUGGUUCACUCCCUCCCUCUGCUGUUCCCGGCUGUCACUCCCACGGGCUGAGGUUCACUCCCUCCCUCUGCUGCUCCCUGCUGUCACUCCCACGGGCUGAGGUUCACUCCCUCCCUCUGCUGCUCCCUGCUGUCACUCCCACGGGCUGAGGUUCACUCCCUCCCUCUGCUGUUCCCGGCUGUCACUCCCAUGGGCUGAGGUUCACUCCCUCCCUCUGCUGUUCCCGGCUGGUCCAAGACAAACAGCAGUUCUCACUGCGAGGAUAAGGUGACCCUCCAGGUCGAGGAAUACCUCAUAUUCAGUCUAAGUCUCCUCCAACCUGAUGGCUUGAGCAUUGAUUCCUCCUUCAGAUAAUUUUGUUUUCUUUUCCCUUACCCCUCCCCUUGUUUUCGAUUUCCUAUUCUGAACUCUUACUUCUUCGCACCUCCCUAUCACCUCCCGGGACCCCUCCUCCUUCCCUUUCUCCUAUGGUCCACUCUCCUCUCCUACCCAAUUCCUUCUCCUCCAACCCUUUACCUUUCCCACGUAGCUGGCUUCACCAAUCAACAUCCAGCUUGUCUACAUCCACUGCCCCUAAUUUUAAUUUUGGCAUUUUCCCCUGCCACUGCCCCCCAGUUCUGAUGAAAAGUCGACUGCUUAUGCAUUUCCAUAGAUGCUGCCUGACCUACCGCGUUCCUCCAGGAUGUUGUGUGUGUGAGCUGUUCAUAGACAAGGGUUUUCUGCUCGCCCGGGGAGAUGGGGAGAGUGUCAUACUGAUGGAAGUGAUUGAAACAGAAGUUUGUGGGAUGUACGUGUACGUUUCAGCUGAACACCACUGAGAACCUGAUGACAAUUUUCACAGCAACUUCUUCGGGGCGGAGUUCAGUUUUUUGUUCAACGUGACAAAGGAAUAUUUGGUGCAACAUUGCCCCCUUCAGGGUGUACAAGACUUCUUUCCUGCAAAUCUUGGUGCUGUCAGUGACGAGCGUGGUGAAAGGUUUCACCAGGACAUUGCAGACAUAGAGAAAUGGUAUCAGGACAACUGGAGUCCAUCAACGCUGGCUGAUUAUUGUUGGACACUUAAACGAGAAGCCUCAGACACUGAGUAUAAACAAAAAUCAUCAUAAAACAUUUUAGUGUAAUUGAACUAUUGCAAAGCAAUUAAACAAUUUAUAGUCAACUAAAGUUAAUUUCUUAUUUCUCCAAAUUCCUAUUAGAUAGGAGUAGUCUGGAGUUAUAUUUGUAUUCAGCUUCAAGUGUCCUUUCAUAAACAAAAAAAAAAUUUGAGGUAUCAACACUUCUGAAAAGGUUGUUGUCCAGUGUACUGUUUUAUGUUCCAAAGUACAUUUACAAAGUACAUUUGUUUUAUGUUCCAAAGUACAUUUACAAAGACUUGGCCUCCACAGCCACUGCUGGCAACAAAUUCCACAGAUUUACCAUCCUCUGGCUAAAGUAAUUUCUCUGUAUCUCAGUUCUAAAAGGACAUCCUUCGACCCUGAAGUCGUGCCCUCUUGUCCUAGAAUCCCCUACCAUGGGAAAUAACUUUGCCAUUUCUAAUCUGUUCAGGCCUUUCAACAUUUGGAAUGUUUCUAUGAGAUCCCCCCUCAUUCUCCUGAACUCCAGGGAAUACAGCCCAAGAGCUGCCAGAUGUUUCUCAUAAGGUAACCCUUUCAUUCCUGGAAUCAUUCUCAUGAAUCCUCUCUGAACCCUCUCCUAUGUCAAUAUAUCCUUUCUAAAAUAAGGAGCCCAAAAUUGCACACGAUGCUGUGUGGUCUCACAAGUACCUUAUACAGCCUCAACAUCACAUCCCUGCUCUUAUAUUCUAUACCUCUAGAAAUGAAUGCCAAUAUUGCAUUUGCAUUCUUCACCACCGACUCAACCUGGAGGUUAACCUUUAGGGUAUCCUGCACAAGGACUCCCAAGUCCCUGUGCAUCUCUGCAUUUUGAAUUCUCUCCCCAUCUAAAUAAUUGUCUGUCUGUUUAUUUCUUCCACCAAAGUGCAUGACCAUACACUUUCCAGCAUUGUAUUUCAUUUGCCACUUCUUUGCCCAUUCCCCUAAACUAUCUAAGUCUCACUGCAGGCUCUCUGUUUCCUCAACACUACCCGCUCCUCCACCUAUCUCUGUAUCUUCAGAAAAUUUAAACACAAAUCCAUUAAUACUGUGAUCCAAAACAUUGACAUACAUUGUAAAAAGCAGCGGUCCCAACACCGACCCCUGUGGAACUCCACUGGUAACCGGCAGCCAGCCAGAAUAGGAUCCCUUUAUUCCCACUCUCUGUUUUCUGCUGACCAGCCAAUGCUCUAACCAUGCUAGUAACUCUCCUGUAAUUCCAUGGACUCUUAUCUUGCUAAGCAGCCUCAUGUGUGGCACCUUGUCAAAGGCCUUCUGAAAAUCCAAGUACACCACAUCUACUGCAUUUCCUUUGUCUACCCUGCUUGUUAUUUCCUCAAAGUAUUGCAGUAGAUUUCUCAGGCAGAAUUUUCCUUUCAGGAAACCAUGCUGGCUUUGGCCUAUCUUGUCAUGUCUCUCCAGGUACUCCGUAAUCUCAUCCCUAACAAUCGAUUCCAACAACUUCCCAACCACUGAUGUCAGGCUAACAGGUCUAUAGUUUCCUUUCUGCUGCCUUCCACCCUUCUUAAAUAGCGGAGUAACAUUUGCAAUUUUCCAGUCAUCUUGUACAAUGCCAGAAUCUAUCGAUUCUUGCAAAAUCAUCGUUAAUGCUUCUGCAAUCUCUCCAGCCACUUUCUCAGAACCUGAGGGUGCAUUCCAUCAGGUCCAGGAGAUUUAUCCAUCCUCAGACCAUUAAGCUUCCUGAGCACCUUCUCAGUCGUAAUCUUCACUGCACCUACAAUAAUUCCCUGACACUUUUGAAAGUCCAGUAUACUGCCAAUGUCUUCCACUGUGAAGAUUGAUUAAAAUACACAUUCAGUUCCUCUGCCCAGACGGGUGAAUCUCCCUGAGCAGUGGUUUGAACCAGCCCAUGCCUCACCUCUGGUCCCACACCUUGUCCUUUUCAAUCUGGCCCAGUGCUUAAAUCAUCCAGACUUGCUCUUGGACCCAGACCCUGCUGCUUUGAUAUGCUCAAUUUGGUCCGUACCCAACUUUUCCAAUUCAGCUCAACACUUAAAUUAAUCAAACCUCCCUCCAGGACCAGGUCCAGGACUGCCUCCUUGAAUCUGCAUUGCCUCCCCUUGCCUCACCUUGGUUCUGCUGAAUUGAAUUGCCUCCAGGCAUGGCUGAACAUGGGCUCAUUCCCCAUUCCCUGGCCUGAACUCCACCACUUCGAUUCGGCCUGUACACACCACCCCACAGCCGUCCUGCACAAUGGAGUCUUCAGUUCCCACUGCAAAAAUGCCAGAUCAUACUGAUGGUUCAAAAGCUCAACUCCGACAGGGGAGUUAUAGGCUAUUGUUUGCGUGAUCGUUUAGCAGAAAAAGUGUAAUUAAUGAGUAUUCAGUUGUUUGCCACCAGUCACUGAGUUUCACCAACACCAUCUUGAACCACUCUCUAUUCUAAUGUAACCCUCAGGUUUGGCCGGCGGUGUUAGUCUGCGGAAGACCGGCCCUGACCCCACCAAACGUGUGAAAUCUGAGGGGCAAACCCUCUUGUUUGUGUGGAUGCUGUGUGAUGUGUUACCCCCGCUACAAAUCAGGACCACAAAAUAACAAACAGUGCACCAUAUGCAAUUAAACGAUUUAGCUUUUUAAUUCUUAAUUUGACGAAAGGGUUAGUAAAAGAAAAACAAAAAGAAACGGCCCCAUUUUAAUGAAACAGUCGAAUGUGCACAAGUUGGAGCUCACGGUUUCCCUUCCCCUGGUCCUCCAUCGAUUUCCCCGAGCUCCAUCCACACCCGGCCCACUCCGUCCAUUCCGUCCUGCUGCCUACGGCCUCUCCUUUCUGGCAUCUUCUCUCUUCAUCCCUCACCGAACAAAAGACCAAGAUCAACUCGCUGUCAGGCAUACAACAAGAAAAAACGCUCCCUUCAUUGGAUGACACACAUUCCAAAGCCCCUGUUAUCUCAAGUCAUAACCCAAACACUGCUUCUACAGAGAAGCCAUUACAUCAGCAGUGAACCCUUUCCCAGGGCAUUACACCAAUAACUAGAGCCAUAAAGGAGCAUAAGAGGGCAAAACAGACAAAUACAACUUCUUCCCAACACAACGUUGGGGGGGUGGGAACCAUACUGAAGUUACGGAGGAAAGGGAGGUUGGCUCACAAAUAGAGAAAGUUUGGAGACAGUGCAAAAGGAAGGAUAGGCAGGUGAUAGAGAAGGGAUGCACUCAGUCCGAUGGGUUGAGGUGUGUCUAUCUUAAUGCGAGGAGUAUCAUGAAUAAAGCUGAUGAGCUUAGAGCGUGAAUCAGCACUUAGAGCUAUGACAUUGUGGCCAUUACAGAGACUUGGAUGGCUCAGGGGCCGGAACAGUUACUUUAAAUUCCAGGUUUUAGAUGUUUCAGAAAGGACAGGGAGGGAGGAAAAAGAGGUGGGGGCAUGGCAUUGCUGAUCAGAGAUCGUGUCACGGCUGCAGAAAAGGAGGAAGUCAUGGAGGGAUUGUCUAUGGAGUCUCUAUGGGUGGAAGUUAGGAUUAGGAAGGAGUCAAUACUGGGUGUUUUUUACAGAUCACCCAAUAGUAACAGGGACAUCAAGGAGCAGAUAGGGAGACAGAUUCUGGAAAGGAGUAAUAAUAACAGGGUUGUUGUGGUGGGAGAUUUUAAUUUCCCCAAUAUUGAUUGGCAUCUCCCUAGAGUGAGGGGUUUAGAUGGGGUGGAGUUGGUUAGGUGUGUUCAAGAAGGUUUCUUGACACAAAAUGUAGAUAAGCCUACAAGAGGAGAGACUGUACUGGAUCUGGUAUUGGGAAAUGAACCUGGUCAGGUGUCAGGUCUCUCAGUGGGAGAGUAUUUUGGAGAUAGUGAUCACAAUUCUAUUUCCUUUACCAUAGCAUUGGAGAGGGAUAGGAACAGACAAGUUAGGAAAAUGUUUAAUUGGAGUAAGGGGAACUAUGAGGCUAUUAGGCAGGAACUUGGAAGCAUAAAUUGGAAACAGAUGUUCUCAGGAAAAUGUACAGAAGAAAUGUGGCAGAUGUUCAGGGGAUAUUUGCAUGAAGUUCUGAUUAGGUAUGUUCCAAUGAGACAGGGAAAGGAAAGUAGGGUACAAGAUCCAUGGUGUAAAAAGGCUGUUGUAAAUCUAGUCAAGAAGUAAAGAAGAGCGUAUGAAAGGUUUGAAAAACUAGGUAAUGAUAGAGAUCUAGAAGAUUAUAAGGUUAGCAGGAAGAAGCUUAAGAAUGAAAUUAGGAGAGCCAGAAGGGGCCAUGAGAAGGCCUUGGUGGACAGGAUUAAGGAAAACCCCAAGGCAUUCUACAAGUAUGUGAAGAGCAAGAGGAUAAGAUGUGAGAGAAUAGGACCAAUCAAGUGCGACAAUGGAAAAGUGUGUAUGAAACCAGAGAAAAUACCCGAGGUAUGAGCCUAAUUGAAUUUUUUGAGGGUGUGACUGAACACAUUGAUGAAGGAAGAGCAGUAGAUGUAGUGUUUGUGGAUGUCAGCAAGGCAUUCAAUAAGGUACCAAGGGGAUAUUGCUUUGAGGAUCCAGAACUGGCUUGCCCACAGAAGGCAAAGAGUGGUUGUAGACGGGUCAUAUUCUGCAUGGAGGUCAGUGACCAGUGGUGUGCCUCAGGGAUCUGUUCUGGGACCCCUUCUCUUUGUGAUUUUUAUAAAUGACCUGGAUGAGGAAGUGGAGAGAUGGGUUAGUAAAUUUGUUGAUGAUACAAAGGUUGGUUGUGUUGUGGAUAGUGUGGAGGGCUGUCAGAGGUUACAGCGGGACAUUGAUAGGAUGCAAAACUGGGCUGAGAAGUGGUAGAUGGAGUUCAACCCAGAUAAGUGUGAGGUGGUUCAUUUUGGUAGGUCAAAUGUGAUGGCAGAAUAUAGUAUUAAUAGUAAGACAGUUGGCAGUGUGGAGUUAUCAGAGGGAUCUUGGUGUCCGAGUCCAUAGGAUACUCAAAGCUGCUACGCAGGUUGACUCUGUGGUUAAAGAGGCGUACAGUGCAUUGGCCUUCAUCAAUUGUGGGAUGAAGUUUAAGAGCCGAGGAGUAAUGUUGCAGCUAUGUAGGACCCUGGUCAGACCCCACUUGGAGUAUUGUGCUCAGUUCUGGUCACCUCACUAUAGGAAGGAUGUGGAAACUAUAGAAAAGGUGCAGAGGAGAUUUACAAGAAUGUUGCUUGGAUUGGGGAGCAUGACUAAUGAGAAUAGGUUGAGUGAACUCGGCCUUUUCUCCUUGGAGUGACGGAGGAUAAGUGGUGACUUGAUAGAGGUGUCUAAGAUGAUAAGAGAAAUUGAUCAUCUGGAUAGUCAGAGGCUUUUCCCAGGGCUGAGGUGGUUAGCACGAGAGGGCAUAGUUUUAAGGUGCUUGGAAGUAGGUACAGAGGAGAUGUCAGGGGUAAGUUUUUUUUACGCAGAGAGUGGCAAAUGCGAGGAAUGGGCUGCCGGUGGUGAUGGUGGAGAUGGAAAUGAUAGGGUCUUUUAAGAGACUCCUGGAUGGCUACAUGAAGCGUAGAAGAAUAGAGGGCUAUGGGUAAAGCCUAGGUAGUUCUAAGGUAGGGAUAUGUUCAGCACAGCUUUGUGGGCCAAAAGGCCUGUAUUGGGCUCUAUGUUUUCUAUGUUUCUGAAAUGGUCAGUAUCUGAAAUAGAAGUACCAUGGAUUCCAGUUAAUUCAGAUCAUCAGGACCAGUACACUUUGGCCCAAUUAUCUGAAAUUUCAUGGAAAUAGUUAAAAGGUAUAAAAAGGACAAACUACCAUUUAACUGAGUUACAAAUCAUACACUUAAAUGAAAUGCAGAAGUGAGAACAGUAUCAAUAUUACUGCAGUGCCACAAAACUGUAUUAGUUCCUCAUAGGUAUCGACAGAGGAAUUCAUCUGCAUCGCAUCCUUCUGACUGUAAAUGAACAAAAUCAGUGCAGAUGAUGGACUGCCUUUUUAUAAUGCUGACAACAUCAGAAUCCUUGAAAUGCUCAUUUUCAUUGUAACAUUCAAGAUGUUACCUUCAAUGUAGAAAAUAUGAAGAAUUUGUUACCUUGAAAUUCUUCUUAGUUUCUAAAUUGUUCAAGUAGUGAAGUUGUUUCAUUUUCACUUCCAAUCAUUCCUCACAUUUUCAAGCCUGAAUGUUUGAAACCUGAGUGUGCAAAACUGUCCAACUCCAAAUGGCAGUGACAAAAAUCACAGCUCUUUGAACACAGACACAUGCAACCGGUGCUAUUUAAAUACUGUUAUCUCGAAGCACAAUGUUGUGUCUGACGGUCACACAAAUGCACGCAACAAGAAAUGUUCUCGAUUUAGUUUUUGCUCUUUAAGAGUGGUCCCAAAUCGUUGACUGCACUGAUUAAUAGAUGGCCCAAUUAACUGGAAUCCACUGUAUUAAAACAGGGAACAUAGAACAGUACAGCGCAGAACACGGCCAUUAGCUGACUUCACUCCAGGACCAGUUCCCAAUUAUAAAGUUCCGCCAUAAACAUAAGCCAUGGGGAGAUUAAACGAGGGAACUAAGUGGUGAGAUAGGGAAAGUAAUCCCUAGACUGAAAACAAAUAGUCAAAGUAGAUUUGCUUUUUAUUAGAGUAGAAAAUGAAAAGGGACUGAAAAAUCCUUCCACUGAUUUUAAUCAAACUGCACACAAACAUUAGAAGCACAAAUAAAAAUCAGACAUUCGGGCUGAAGAUGCAACUGAGACUAAACAUGAGAAGGCGGAGUUUUAUCAAAAUGCACAACAUUAAACAAGCUCAAAUUUUAAGGUGAGAGUCUGCAUUCAUGUCUGUGAGAACUAAAUAUUCCCACAGAUCAAUUCCUUCUGCACUAGUUCUGACCCAGUCCCUGGGGGGUCAUUUCAUGACCUAUUCCACCGACUUUAAAAUGUUUUUUCUCUAUUAAAUGCUUUCAUUGUUUGCAUUAGUGAAUAAAUCCAGGGUUUUAUAACUCUGAUUAUGAACUAACAUCACAAGCCCCCUGCCAGGGCCUGUAUUUGUUACCUACACUCCACCCUGCCUAAUAAUCCUCAGCAUUUUCUAUGACUUUGUUUUAGCAUUUGUUAUGCAGUCUUGGACUGCAGUAAUCUUACCCCUGGAGCUGAACCAGCUGUCCCAAAGAUGGGCAGAGAUUUCUGAAAUGUUCCUGAGUUUCUGAGACAGCCAUUGUGCAUUUGUGCGAGGUGGCCUGGUAGCGCAGUGAUUAGCACAGUGCUUUACAGCACCAACAAUCGGGGUUCAACUCCUGCCACUGUCCGUAAGGAAUUUGUACGUUCUCCUAACAAAUUUCAUGUCACAUGCCAGUGAUAAUAGAACCAUAGAACAUUACAGCACAGAAACAUGUCUUUUGGCCCUUCUUGGCUGUGCCAAACCAUUUUUCUGCCUAGUCCCACUGACCUGCACCCAGCCCAUAUCCCUUCAUACACCUCUCAUCCAUGUACCUGUCCAAAUUUUUCUUAGAUGUUAAAAGUGAGCCUGCAUUCACCACUUCAUCUGGCAGCUCAUUCCACACACCCACCACUCUCUGUGUGAAGAUGCUAAUGUUCCCUUUAAACUUUUCCCCCUUCACCCUUAACCCAUGUCCUCUGUUUUUUUUUCUCCCCUAACCUCAGUGGAAAAAGCCUGCUUGCAUUCACUCUAUCUAUACCAAUCAUAAUUCUAUAUACCUCUAUCAAAUCUCCCCUCUUUCUUCUAUGCUCCAGGGAAUAAAGUCCUAAUCUAUUUAACCUUUCUCUGUAACUCAUUUUCUCAAGUCCCAGUAACAUCCUUGUAAACCUUCUCUGCACUCUUUCAACCUUAUUAAUGUCCUUCCUGUAAUUUGGUGACCAAAACUGCACUUGAUACUCCAAAUUCGGCCUCACCAGUGCCUUACACAACCUCACCAUUACAUUCCAACUCAAUAAACCUGAUUCUGACUGUGUGGGUUUCCUCUGGGUGCUCUCACGUUCCAAAGAUGUACAGGUAAGGGUUAAUGAGUUGUGGGCGAGCUAUGUCGGUGCUGGAAGCACGGUGACACUUGCAGGCUGCCCAGGACAAUCCUCGCUGAUUUGAUUUGAUGCAAGUGAUACGUUUACCUGUCUGCUUUGAUGUUUCAAUGUGCAUGUGACAGACAAAGCUAAUCUUUUUCUGAGGGAUACUGAUGGUAUUUUGGCCCAAAAUAUUGACUGUUUAUUCCUCCCCAUAGAUGCUGUCUGACCUGCUGAAUUCCUCCAGCAUUUUGCAUGUGUAACUCUAGAUUUCCAGCAUUUGCAGAAUCCUUUGUGUUUAAUAUUUUUGUUGUUUUAGAUCCUCAAGGCAAAUAACCCAAUCUGCUAGCCGUGAGCAGAGCCUGCUCCCAGCUGCUCUCUGGUUCAUGUCAAAAUGAAGUGCCUACCACUUCCAGUUCAUCUCCUUCACUUUAACUCUCCAAUAGCUCUUCAUUGUGUAAAAUAUAACUUCCCUUUCCUUGCCCUCAGAUGAUUAAAGACUUGAAAUAGUUCUGGUUGCUCUCAGUUCUAUUCAAAUUAUAUAUUGAUUAAUGCAGCUAAUGGAGCUGAGGUGUCCAAAAUUAAAUGCAGUACUUUGGUAGAGUCUCUCUAAUGUGUUUCAGUGAGUUAAUACAAUAUGCUAAGGCUUGUAGUGUACAAAGCCCACAAUCAAUCCCUCACACUGCUUCCCAUAUUAAUCACUGACUCACAAGAAGAAUACAUUUUUAACGAGAGACCAAAAGCCACUCAUCAAUUCUAUUCCUGUUCCACUUUCAUCCCCCUAUGACCAUUUAUCUUCUCUUCGGUGCUGUACCUCAAGGAUAAAUUCCUUCAUCAGGAUUUUGUGUUCAUCAUCCAACUGUAUGUCAGGGGCUUACGGUCCCAUUGGAACAGUGAACAGUUCACAACAUUAUCACAUCACAUACAAUUUGAUGUCAGUAUUGAAUUAAGACAUUCUAAUUUUCAUCCAUUAAUUGAUGUUAUAAUCAGUUCAAGGACGACUGAAGUACUGUCUGUUAAUAAGUGCUUUCUGUUUUCUGCUAUUAAGAUAGAUAUCCAUUCCGAUCCCACAACCAACUGGUCAAGCUAGUUCCUGACAGGGAGGGCAGGAGAAAGGGUAACUUUUGCCCUUCACUAUCAAGGGCAUCUUCAAAAGGCAAUGUCUCAGAAAAGCAGCAUCCAUCAUGAAGGGGCCCCAUUACCCAGGACAUGCCCCCUCUUCCCAGUGCUCCCAUCAAGGAGGAGGGACAGGAGCCUAAAGGCACACACCCAACAAUUCAGUAACAGCUUCCUCCCCACCACCAUCAGACUUCUGAACAAUACCCUUUUUGCACUACUUAUUUAGUUUAUAUUUAGGGUGGAGGGGUGGAGAUACAUCUCUACGGAAGGAGGUGUAAGGUGCUCCUUCCCUCUACUAGCCUGCAGGUCACCCUUGGGAAGGUGUAGCACCUGCUUAGCCCCUUGAUCAGGGUCACGUGAAGCCAUGAGAGCAGGUGGUGGAUGGUCGUAUGAGCAGUUGGGGCACAUCACAAAUCCUGGUUAUGACUGCAGGCAGACAAUCUCUGAAGAGUAUUGAUAAUGGUUGGGAUCAUUGUAAAGGCACCGCCCAGAAGUUAGUGUCAAACCAAGAGCAAUCAUGGUCACAAGGCCAUGAUUGCCCACGUCAUCCAGACACGACACCCAAUGAUGAUGAUACACAUACAAUAUAAUUUAUUUAUACAUAAUUAAAUUUCUAUAACAUAUGUAUAUUAAGAAAGCAGAAAAUGUCUGCAGAUCAGUAAACCUGUGGACACUGGAAAUCCCAAAUAUGGACAGAAGAUGAUGGACACAGAUGUGGCAGUGCCUGUGGAAGGAGAAGCAGUUAAUAUUUCCGACCUGGGGCUCUGAUGAGGAGGAACAGAGAUGAGGUCAUCGUCUGAUAAUCUGAACUCUGCUAUGUGGAGUGCAUGUUUCUUAUCGUGGGAGAGUCUAGAACCAGAGGACACAGCCUCAGAAUAGAGGGACAUCCCUUUAGGGCAGCAAUGAGGAGGAGUUUCUUUAGCCAGCAAGAAGGUGGUAAAUCUGUGGAACUCAUUGCCACGGACAGCUGUGGAGGCCAAGCCAUUGAGUAUAUUUAAAGCAGAGGCUGAUAGGAUCUUGAUUAGUAAAGGCUUCAAAGGUUAUGGGGAGAAGGCAGGAGAAUGUGGUUGAGAGAGAUAAAAAAUCAACCAUGAUGGAAUGGUAGCACAGACUUGUGUUGUGGGUGUACCAUGUUGUCAUUAGACUGCAUGGCAAUGCUUGUGGGCUGCCCCCAGCACAUCCUUGGGUUGUGCUGGUCAUUAACGAAAACAGCGUGUUUCACUGUAUGUUGCAACAUACAUGGAAUAAAUAAAUUAAUCUGAACCCGAAUCUGAUCGGCCAUGACCUCAUUGGAUGCUGAAGCAAACUCAAGGUGUCCAAUGGCCAACUCCUGCUUCUCGUUGAAACAUUCAGACAUCCUUAAAAUUGUAAUCUCCUGAUUCAGUGCUAUUGAUUUAGAAGAUGUAGUUAAUAUAUUUGAGGGGAACCAGAGCAGUUGUGUAAUUUAGGUUCAGAAGAUUUAUUUGGAAAUAUAUACUUUUAAAUGCACUCAGCAAGCGCUUCCUAUAGUUGUCUCUUUAUUAACUUAACUUCCAGUCAGAGACAUUUGGGCAAACACCAUCCAACAAAACGUCACACUGUUUGCUGGGAUUUUCCCUUUGAAAACACUCCAGCCUCAGUUUCUCCUUCAACAAUAACAUUCAACCCUUAUAAAGAAUAAGGCAUUGUAUAAAAUAAUAAGCUUGGAGAUGAAAGUACAGAGAUCGAAUAAAAUGUGCAUAAAUAGUCCAGCAUGUAUAUACAAUGUACAAUGCAUUGUGAUAAGUUGUUUUAAGUGUUUAUAGUGAUGGGAGUAAUAGACAGGGAGAGAUGGGGCUGAUUAACCGGAAUGAUUAAUCAGAUUAGCUGUCUGGGGAAGAAAUGUUUAAGAUAAUGUGACGUUGUUGUUUUAAUAGCUGGAUAGCAUUUCCCAGAAGGGAGCUUUUGGAAAAGGUAGUUUGCAGGGUGAAUAGCGUCCGCAGUGACUUUCCCUGCCCACUUCUUUGACCUGGACACAGAGAUGGUAGACUGCAGCUGAUGACCAUUCUGCUGUGCAGUCAGUUCACUGUGGUUUUUGUGUGUUGUGAGAUACAAAGCAACAGUAAUGGCUGAUGUGAAGAUGCUCCCGAUGAUGGCAGUGUAGAACUGCGCCAGUAUGUUCUGGGGAAGAUGGAAUUUUACCUCCGCCAAGCCUUUCAGUUGAUGAAAUAGAUAUGGUUCUCGCACGUGUGUUAGGGUUACUGACAUUGCACUUACGUGGGCACCAAUGCCAUCGCACCCCCAGCCUAUUGGCACACCUGAUGGAAAAUGUUCACUUGCUAGAGAAUAGGCCUUCUAUGGCUCACUUUAUCUGCAUUGCAACUGGGCAUUUUAACUCAGUGAUGGCCUUGGAGUGAAGCUUGUUUUGGCACACAGGUCCCACCACAGUAAUGGAUAGUUCAGGUGCAGCAUUAACAUCUCAUGCCCUGGCGUAGCUCUGUCGACAGCCCCACUGGAACCUCCCUUCCUCUAAUGGGCAUGGUCAAGGUCAGCAUGAUGCUAUUACAGUGCCUGCUAUAAGAUCUCUGUCAUUGUCUGCAAGGAGUUUGAACAUCUGUGUGGGUUUCCUGUAGAUGCUCCCAUUUCAAAGUUCAUUUAUUAUCAAAGUAUGUAUACAUUAUAUAAUCUUGAGCUACGUCACCUUACAGGCAGCCACAAAAAAAAACAAAAGAAACGAUAAAAAUGACUGACCAACAGCAAUACAGAGUAAAAAAUCAAAUCAUGCACAGCUAGAAGAACGCAAAGAGCAUUAGAAUGAAAGUGACUGUGAGAGCCGAAGCCCAGAGCAGCCGGGGCAGGCCAAGCCUCAGCCUCAGUGCAGGGAAGAGCAGAGCAACCAUGAUGAUGCAAUGAGCAGAAGAGUCCCCGCCCACACCUCUGGUCCCAACGCCCAGGUUUUUCAAUCCAUCUGGCCCAUCUAACUAUCCGGUUGUUCCCCUUCUAAAACCUGGACCCUGUCACUUCGACAUUCUUUGGGCCAGGACCCCACUGACAGGUGUCAGCCCAUACUUAACCUUUUCAAAUUGGCCUGGCACUGAGAUUGAUCAAACCUCACUCUCGGUUUAGGUGGACAGGCUUUGAAUUUGUCUGUCCUCUGCUCCAACUUUGUUCCACUCCAUUCACCUCAACUUCUCCUUGAACGAGCCUCGACCUUGCCCCGACUUCAUCUUGCACCGCAUGCUUCGACCUCCGACCCAGCUUCGCUUUCGUGCACCGCAUGCUUCGACCUCCGACCCAGCUUCGCUUUCGUGUGCAACUUCAUUGUUUGUUGUCAUUGUUUCCCAUAAUUUUUUACAGGAAAAGUACUAUUAUUAAAGAGUUUGGUUGUAUUCCUCGAUUUAUUAACCAUCAGUAGAUAGUCACUCAACUUCAGCUGUGUCAUCUUAAACCGGAGGUUUCGUCCCACACUCCACAGACGUGUGGCUUAGGGUUAGAGUCAGUCAGGUGUGGGCAUGAGUUUCGUCCCACACUCCACAGACGU